AUGUAUCGCCAGAGGUUUUUGUCGGCUAAAGAACUAGAAGAUUUGUUAAUGAAUCCAAGUUCAGACGAAGAUGAUGAAUUGAACCAGAAAGUAGAUAAAGCUAUUGAAACAAACGUGAUUAUUUUGCCUCCAAAAAUUGAUGCUUUGAGUGACCAUGAAGAAAUUGAUGAUAACGUCCAAUUAUUGGAAGACGUGAACAUAUUGCCAAAUGAACUAGCCGAAAAUGCAUCAACAUCACAAAAUAUUGCAUCAACUUCUAAAAAGGAAUCGACGUCUUUUCAAUAUAAAUUACCAAAGUGGUCAAAGAGCCAUCGAGUUGGCUUUUCAAAUACUCCAAAAGACGUAUCAAGUGAAAAGAUUCAAGCGAUCUAUAACAAAAUAGGCAGUUUCAAUCCUCUUCAAAUUUUCGAAUUAUUUCUUGAUAAUGAGAUUAUCAAUUUCAUUGUUGAAAGCACCAAUACGUAUGCUAAUGCGGAUAGAAAUAAUUUAACAUUCAAGACAAAUUUCAAUGAAAUCCGUACAUUUAUUGGAAUAAUGUAUUUUUCUGGAUUGCAUACAGUUCCACAGUUGGAUUUAUAUUGGUCCAAUCAACCAGUCUUUCGCUGCAAUAUAAUAAACGAAGCCAUGAGCCGAGACCGCUUCAAACUUAUCAAAUCGUUCUUACAUGCCUGUGAUAACAGUACAAUUGAUCCCAGCGACAAGUUUGCUAAAGUCUCAACUCUAAACAACAUGGUCAAUAAGAAUUUUAUGCAGUUCGGAGUAUUUUCCCAUCACCUUUCAAUAGACGAACAAAUGAUACCCUACUAUGGACGUCAUUCUGCAAAAAUGUUUAUAAGAGGGAAGCCAAUUCGUUUUGGAUACAAAUAUUGGGACUUGUGUUCUCACGAUGGAUAUUUAUAUCAAUUCAUUCCGUAUGGUGGUGCAAGUGCUGAUAAUUCCCCUGGAUUUGGCUUAGGGGAAAAUGUUGUUCUGAGACUUCUUUCUAAUAUCGAUGUUCCAGACCAACACACAGUUACUUUUGACAAUUUUUUCACGUCGCACAAACUGAUUUAUCGUCUUUCAGUAUUGGGUUACUUCGCAACAGGCACUGUUCGUGAAAAUAGAACUGGUAAAGCAAAGUUGACAGAACCCAAACAAAUGAAGAAACAAAAUAGAGGAACUAUGGAUUUUGCAUUCGACAAGGAAAAUGGAAUUGCCGCUGUUCGUUGGAACGAUAACUCCAUUGUAACAGUUCUUUCAAAUCAUUUGAUGGACCAACCAAUCACUCAAGCAAAACGCAAUUACCGGAUACGGAUUCGAGAAAAGAAAUGGUACUGGCCACUUUUAUCAAAUGCAUUGGAUGCAGCAUUGGUAAAUGCAUGGAAAAUUCAUGGCAUUUGCAAAAAGUUUGCAAAGGAAACACCAAUGUCACAACUUGAAUUUAGGACAUAUGUUGUAGACUCCUUACUGCGAUCAUCAAAUAUUCCGCCAACACUUCAAAGGGAAGGAAAUCCCAACGAAAUGAUUUCACUAAGUUCAGAUAUAAAUAGACAGCAUAUGAAAUUUCAAGCUUCUAGCUCACCUGGAACUAGUAGCCGCCGGAAAUGGGUUAAUAUCAAAAGUUGUAUCCGUGGCGUUAUGGUUUGUGCAUAG